UGCUUGACGAGCAGGAAAAAGACCAGAGAAAACCAGCUUUGCUUCUUCCGAUUGUCAGUGUAGCACUGAGCAGCAACAUAAGUACUUGUUGAUCGUGGUCCAACCAAAUCAGUUGCAUCAUGGGCAAGAAGCGAGUUCUAGUCGGUUAUGGCAUCGACGUCGAUGCAGUCAGUGGAUGGAUAAACACUCGCGAUGGCUCGCCCGCAAAUCCGACUGAUGUCUCUCGUGGUGUGUUCGGCGCCACCGUGGGCAUCGACAGACUCCUGAAGCUCUGGGACCGAUACGGUAUCAAGACGACGUGGUUCGUGCCGGCUCACUCGAUCGAGAGUUUCCCCGAGCAGCUGGCUAAGGUCAGAGACGCCGGUCACGAAAUUGGCCUGCAUGGCUAUACGCACGAAUUCGUGUCGACUCUGAGCGAGCAGCAACAAAAGGACGUCCUGAGCAAAUCCAUCCAGGUGCUGACCGACUUCACGGGCAAACAUCCGAAAGGCUGGACGGCACCGGCGUGGUCGACGUCCAAAGAGACCAUCAAGCUCCUGGAAGAGUUCGGCAUCGAAUACGACCACUCGUUCAUGCACCACGAUUCGCAACUGUACUACUGCCCGGACGGAACCGAGGAUUGGACCGAGACGGACGUGGCCAAGUCCGCGACGGAAUGGAUGAAGCCCAUGACGGCCAUCAAGCCCUCGAGUGUUGUCGAAGUGCCGGCCAACUGGCAUCUGGAUGACUGGCCGCCGUUCCAGCUGAGUCUGAAGCAAGCCUCGACGCACGGUUACGUGGAUCCGUACGUGAUCGAGAGGCUCUGGAAGGAUCAGUUUUCCUUCUUGUACCGCGAACACGACACGUUCGUGUUCCCCAUGAGUAUCCAUCCACAGGUCAGCGGGAAGCCGCAGGUCAUGCUCAUGCAUGAGAGGAUCAUCGAGUGGAUCAAUGAGCACGAGGGCGUCGAGUGGAUGACCAUGGAGAAUAUGGUCAAGGAGUUCAAGGAAGGCAGACUCGGUGGUGCAGAGGUCAAGGGAGGGAAAUGAGUGAGUUUAGGGAUCCAUACCUAGGUAGAGGGGUUUAAACCUGCGUGAAUACUUAUAGUACUACUACUAGAUAUAGGGGCGGUGCUACGAUACUAGUAUGUAUGGAGCAGUGGAAGAAGCGUCAAAGAUCGCGCGUGCAUAAGGUGCAAAAUAUACAG